CUUCGCAACGGGCGCCUUCUGAUGACGCACACGGAAGCGUCGGCACCUCCUGGAGAAAGAGGGACCUUCGCAGCUCAUUCCCGGAGGCCUACGGCGGUGGCGUUUACAGCCUGGGUCCGACAGCUCUCGGAAAGUCUCGGUCGUGAGGCCGGAGGCCCCAGCCCCUACGAGGUUUCUCCCCUACCUCUUUGGUUGACCUUGGGAGUUCCAUGACAGACUUCUUCUCGAAUUUCUGCCUGACCAGUCACUACACGAAGCCUAAACCACUUGCCAUAGCUUAUAUUUGGCCAACUCCCAGUUUGACUGCUGAUAGUGGACAGUGGUGAGUGACGGCCCAGAUGCCCAUCCAGCCUCCAGGCAAAGAGGCAGAAGAGAUGGAGGCGGAAGGCGACUCAGCAGCUGAGAUGAAUGGAGAGGCGGACGAGAGUGAGGAGGAACGGAGCGGCAGCCAGACAGAGUCAGAGGAGGAGAGCUCAGAGAUGGAUGACGAAGAUUAUGAGCGGCGCCGCAGUGAGUGUGUCAGUGAGAUGCUGGACCUGGAAAAGCAGUUUUCAGAGCUGAAAGAGAAAUUGUUCCGGGAGCGGUUGAGCCAGCUGCGUUUACGACUGGAGGAAGUGGGGGCUGAGAGAGCCCCAGAAUAUACAGAGCCUCUAGGAGGGCUGCAGCAGAGCCUGAAGAUCCGAAUCCAGGUGGCAGGAAUCUACAAGGGCUUCUGUCUGGAUGUGAUCAGGAAUAAAUAUGAGUGUGAACUCCAGGGAGCCAAACAGCACCUAGAGAGUGAGAAGCUGCUGCUGUAUGACACACUCCUUGGGGAGCUGCAGGAGCGGAUCCAGAGGCUGGAGGAGGACCGCCAGAGCCUAGACAUCAGCUCUGAGUGGUGGGAUGACAAACUGCACGCCAGAGGCAGCUCAAAGACCUGGGACUCACUGCCACCCAGCAAGAGGAAGAAGGCACCCCUCGUUUCUGGCCCAUACAUCGUAUACAUGCUGCAGGAGAUCGAUAUCCUGGAAGACUGGACAGCUAUCAAAAAGGCCAGGGCAGCAGUGUCCCCUCAGAAGAGAAAAGCAGAUGGACCCUGACCCUGCAUCUCUACUCAGAGGGUCCUUGGAGCAGCUGGCACCACACACAGGACUAACAUUUUUCUGCUAAGGCGGGGGUUGCCUAGUAGCUCUCCAGUGUUACUGCUAUCCCCUGACCAACACUGGCCUGGACUCCUCCACUCUCCUUGGGAUUUGCAUAACUGUGACCCUGAAGCUGACCUGGCCAAGCAAGACUCCAUCCCUGCCCACCCCCCACCCCCGUAGAGAAUAACUUCCUCAGUGUCCCCCCAAUAAAGAUGGGCUUCAUACAAAACAGCAACCCUCCUGAUUUUGAACCCUGCCCCCCCACCCCCAACCACUGAGCCGGGCGCCACUGCAGGAGGAACUGGAGCCAGAAACAUGUUGGGGUCUUGCCCGUCCUAGCUGUCGCUGGAGAUGGCAGCUUCCCAGACUUUCUCAGGGCCAUUCCUGGUGUCUGCCUCCCAGAUUCUAAAGAGUGGAAUAAAACUCAUCCUGGGACCUUGA